GUUGGAUGUAAAAGUAAAAAAAAAAGAGAAGGGUUCGGACUUCUUCAAUCGAGCCGUUGAUUAAUUGAAGCCGGUACAUGCUUCGAAGCUCGGUCGCUGAACCGAACACUGUUUUGUGAGGAGCCGGUGCGGCGCAGUGGUGCAAAAUGGCGCUGACUCAAGGAACAAAGAAGAAAGUUUGCUAUUACUACGACGGUGAUGUGGGAAAUUACUAUUACGGCCAGGGCCAUCCCAUGAAACCCCACAGGAUCCGCAUGACACACAACCUCCUUCUCAACUAUGGACUGUACAGGAAAAUGGAAAUCUAUAGACCGCACAAAGCCAGCGGUGAAGAGAUGACAAAAUACCACAGUGAUGACUACAUUAAGUUCCUGAGGUCCAUCCGACCAGACAACAUGUCUGAGUACAGCAAGCAGAUGCAGAGAUUCAAUGUUGGAGAGGACUGUCCUGUGUUUGAUGGAUUGUUUGAGUUCUGCCAGCUGUCGACAGGCGGCUCAGUUGCUGGUGCAUUGAAGCUGAAUAAACAGCAGACAGAUAUUGCCAUCAACUGGGCAGGAGGACUCCAUCACGCUAAAAAGUCAGAGGCCUCUGGUUUCUGCUACGUCAAUGACAUUGUCCUGGCUAUCCUUGAACUUCUCAAGUACCACCAGAGGGUGUUGUACAUCGACAUUGACAUCCACCACGGUGACGGAGUGGAGGAGGCGUUCUAUACCACAGACAGGGUCAUGACUGUCUCUUUCCACAAGUAUGGGGAGUACUUUCCUGGCACUGGAGACCUGAGGGACAUUGGCGCAGGAAAAGGAAAGUACUACGCAGUGAACUACCCGCUUCGGGACGGCAUCGAUGACGAGUCGUACGAAGCCAUCUUCAAACCUAUAAUUGCUAAGGUCAUGGAGAUGUACCAGCCGAGUGCUGUGGUGCUACAGUGUGGAGCUGAUUCACUUUCUGGAGAUAGACUUGGCUGCUUCAACCUCACCAUCAAAGGCCAUGCCAAAUGUGUGGAGUACGUCAAAAGUUUUAACCUCCCUCUACUAAUGCUGGGUGGUGGAGGCUACACCAUUCGCAACGUGGCGCGUUGCUGGACCUACGAAACCUCCGUGGCCUUGGACUGUUCCAUCCCCAACGAGCUGCCUUACAAUGAUUACUUUGAAUACUUUGGGCCUGACUUUAAGCUGCACAUCAGUCCGUCCAAUAUGACCAACCAGAACACCAACGAGUACUUGGAGAAGAUCAAGCAGCGCUUGUUUGAAAACCUCCGCAUGCUGCCUCACGCCCCCAGUGUCCAGAUGCAGGCAAUUCCAGAGGACGCGCCACAUCCAGACAGCGGAGACGAGGAAGACGACGAUCCUGACAAACGAAUUUCGAUCCGUGCCCACGAUAAGAGGAUAGCCUGUGAGGAGGAGUUCUCCGACUCUGAGGACGAGGCCGAGGGCCAAGGAGGAGGCCGCAGGAACACAGCCAAUCACAAAAAGGUCAAACGAGUGAAAAAGGAGGAAGACAAGGAAGGAGAGGAAAAGAAAGAAGUGAAAGAAGAGAAGGAGGAAGAGAAGAUGGACACAUCAGGAGCAAAAGAAGAGGGCAAAGCGACCUGAAGUCUGGCACAAGGACAAACUGUUGUACUGCUGUCUGUCCCACUGACUCCUCAAGCCAGGACUGGAUUAUUUUUUUUUUUUUUUAUUCCUGUUUUAUAUUGUGUACUUGCAAAUAAACUUGGUUGCUAUUCCAUGCUCA